GCCGGCUUAAGUCUAUUAUUACUUUCGAAUGCGAGGCCAUUUGUCUAUAUUGAUAAACUAUUGACAACGCUCGAGCAGAGACCAUCAAAAUCUAUGACGUCACGGGGAACCGGUCCGGAAAGGACAAGAUGGCGUCGGCACCUGUUUUUCGAAUUUGCUGGACGAACUACGAAGGCUGCGCUCUCGGGCCCAGCGGCGCGGACCAAUGGUGGAGGCGCCGCUGCAAUGCCAGAUCCGAGACAUCGUCGCCUCCGACACGCUCACGCUCCGACAGAGUGUGCUCCGACCCGACCUGGCGCGCGUCGACUACCGCGGGGACGACCUGCCAACCACCGCCCACUUCGGAGCAUACGUCGACGGCCGACUGGUUGGCGUCGUGUCCGCCUUCCACGAGUCGCUCAUCUUUCCCGAAGCGCAGCGGAUGGCUGCCGAGCCGCAGAAGCAUAACUGCGCACCGCCAUCUGCCGACGUUGCCGUUGACGUCCCGACCGAUGACUUGUCAACAACAGCUGCAGAUUUGGACGUCGAGCCUGCGGGAAAAUUAGGCGACCAGCAACCGGGAAGCGAAUCGAACGAGCUGAUAUGCGACCAGAUUUCGAAGCUGUCUGUGAACGCGCCGUACGAACGGCAUGAAGAGACAGCGCGAGUGGCGGCUGAUCCGACAGCAGACGCGAAGGCCGUGUCUGACACCGCUCAAGAUAUGAACGGGGCCUGCCGCGAAGUGUACGGUCCGGGCGCCGUGCCGACCGGUUCGAAGACGGGAACCGACACGUCUGUGAAGGUGUCGCCGGAGCGCCCCAUGCGCCCUCCGCUGCCAAGCGUCGAGAGGGCCAUCCAGCUGGCUUCGGAAACCAGCUCGUGGCGUAUCCGGGGUCUAGCCGUCGAUCUACCACUCAGGGGCCGCGGAGUUGGCUCCCGGCUUAUCUCGACGUGCAUCCAGCACGCCACCGACAAGCGGGCCGCUUGUGUAUGGUGCGUGGCCCGCUGCUCGGCCGAGCCCGUCUACGAGAAGAUGGGCUUCCAGAGGGCCGGCCAGGUAUUUCGCCUAGAGGGCAUCGGACAAGUGUGCUACAUGAUUCGGGCCUUGCUCUAGCUCUGUCAAGGAUGUGAUGGGGGGGGGGGGGGGGGGGGGGACGGACGGACAUCUCUUGGUGUGCGCACGUGCAGAACUCGAGCGCGCCUCGAGAAUGCGCUUGUCUUAAGGUUAAAUGCCGCUCCCUGUAGCUUUCGACCAUUCGACGAACCACAGAUAGAGCCUGGUACUGUUGGCGUGUGUCCGAGUUUCUUGCUUGGUGACGGCCACCCGCGCUCAGCGCUUCGGCCGCCAUGCAUCGCCAUGUGCGUCGACGAACCACGAAGGAGCGACGAGCGCCGGUGUGAUGCAGUUGUGGCUCUCAAGCACUGUUAUCCCCAAAAGUGAGCACAGAAAAAGACUACCCGGCGACCGCACCUUUUGGAGGGACGAAUGGUUUUGUAUACAGAAUUGGGGGCUCUGGCUGUGGGUAUGGCGGUUAACUAAAGUCACGGCUUGAUUGUAACCGCUUCAAUGGUGCCUUGCAGGACAUGUCUACAUUGGUUACUCGGGCGGCAAACGGUUACAUGUUUUACUGUUUACGUCAGUUUCUGCGCGUGUGUGGUUGCCUAAGGUGCGUCGACGACUGCGUAUACCGUCGAUCACACGGCUACUACGUGCUGCUCCGAUAAGUGCUUUGGCCAUGUCAUUCGUAAACAGUUGUUGCUUUCCUUUCACGAGAGAGUGACGGUGGCAGGAAGGGAUGUCGCGUUGUGCUCUACCAAACUUAUCGUGCACUGUUUAUGUAUGUACGUCCAGCUACGGUUGUUGUCGAUAAGCCUUGUCCAAUUAUGACGGCGAUGGCUGCUCCCAGUGUACUUACGCGCCUAGCCUAUCUAACUUUCUCGAUCUGCACUUUCGCAAUAGGCGACAAUCCGAGUGGUAUACAGCUCCCAAUACUUUUCAAUUCGCUUGAUUUCUUUAACAAAGGCUCUAGCUCUCUUAUAAUUAUUUUUCUCAGGGCAGAAUGCCUGUUGGUCAACUGGGCGAUGGCUCGACAGAGAGACGUCAGCAAUGUGAAGGCUGUCUCGGUGCUAGCACUGCAUUAAGAUCGUCACUGUCGCUGUUGUCAAUUCGACAUGAUCCUUAGCUCUCCCCACUUGAGAAAAACCUUCGCUAAUCUUCAUUCCCAAGUGCCGUACUAUAUCGCGUGCGUCGUUAGUAGAAUCGAGAGAGAGUUUACCAACGCUCUUUUAUCAGCUCUCUUUUUUCACUCUUUCUAUACUUAAUAUACACAAUCAAUACGCUUUUAGUCAUAUAUAGUUGAGGUCGUUCUAAGGCCUUUUUCGCUUCUGGAUGCUUAAUUUUUUUUUUCAUAGUAGAUAAUUCGUGCUCUAUACCGUCCCCCUACUGUCAUUUCGUUACCAUCUGUAAUGUUCAAAUCUUUGGAGGAUGACAGCGAUCUUUGUACACGUACCAAUGGCCAGCACUCGAUCUAACUUCGCCUUACACAAGCGUAGUCUUUAGAAAGGCCACCAGCCGUGUCCCCAAAACGGGGAUGCCUGUAUAGAGAUGACAUUCGUGAGCUUUUCAGCGAUUCUCCUGUCCGAUGCAUUCGCUCUUCCAAUGGUGCCAGCUUUCAAACCAUACAUGCGGAUCGCGCACAAUGUUCUUACCGCAGUAUAGCAACGGGCUAUAUAUACUAUAGGUUUCGGUAGCUCUUGCAGACAGAAACGACGUGCUAACAGGGAAUAUCGCAGAUCGAUUUCUUAAAAUUGUUCACCACUAUAAACUUGACCCAACCAGUUUUUCUUAGACUGGAAUUUUUCGUCUUCAGCCGCGAACAAUUUAGCCUAGUUCGAAAGUGGCUGUGGACAUUCGGUAGUACGUGCUUUUAUGCAACAUCGUAUACCAGUAGCAAGUUGUCCUGGUGAGAGAUUGAACACACAUUUUCCUAAUUAGGGAAAUGUACGGCGAAGCGUACGUGGUUUUCUAGACGAUCGGUGAGUAUAGAGAAGAGAAAGUGCAGGCUUAUCGAGUAAAUAAUUGCUAAUGAAUACAGGUAUAAAUGCUGCUUCUGCCUAAGCUGUUGGCUGGUUUCUGCAAAGAAAGAGGCAGCUGUCGUCUCGUUUCGUACGAUAUCGACGACAUUGCGGACAAUAUUUGCCUGUUUCGUCCGAAAUACACCAAUGCUGACGCAGGAUUGUAGUUUUCAGGAAAGCAGGUCAAGCUGCAUUUGGCAUCCCGUCCCACACGCUUUGACUGUUUCCCCGACAGCGACCUUUCGCAAUUCACCACGGCCACCGUGGCCUUUCUUUCUGCUACUGAAUAUUUAAGGGCGGACUAGUGAUUUACUGGCACUAAUUUGGUAUGUUAUUUGUACCGCGCGCUUUGUAGGCAGCAAUAAAACCAAGCAAGCUGGUUCUAAUUUUAUUUUGAUUUAGCGGUAGAAUUAACAUGUAGAACGUCCAUUCGCGUACCGAGAUGUAUUUUUAUUUUGUCAAUGCGACCAGUUAAAAACGGCUCAAUUUUAUUAUUCUCUACUUUAGCUUCUUUUGCUUACUGACGGCGGUGCGUCUUCGGUGAAAUGAAAGAGGCUGAGAUCACAUAUUAUGUGGACAUCAUGUUUAAUAAAUCAAAAUGUCCUGCAACCUGAGGCAACGAUAUCCAUAACUUUGCGGCAGCAAUACGGAGCCAUGCAUUUUACCGAUGUUUCCUGGCAAGCGCUUUGCCUUUUCAACGGCAGAUGGCACCACCAUUCUUUAAGCCACGAAAUCAGUUUUUCGCAGCCUAACAGUAGGCAACAGUCACUGCUAAGCUGACACUGCACAACACUUACCGAAGACUUUUGAAAUGCUGCAUUGACCGUCCCCUUUUGUGACGCCCGUAGAGGCAGGAACAACAGUUUCGUCUACUCGGAAUCCGAAAGCGGCCGGUCAUCCAGACGAGCAAAUAGUCGCGAGCUGUCACCUACGCGCACUGUAGCGAGGACAAUGGCAAAGAAAGUGCUUGAUGGCUUCCUCGCGGCCGCACUGUAACAUUGUCGGCCAUUUUAACGAGACGAGGGAAAGUUUUCGUACAAUACAUCCCAGAGCCUUAGUGGACAAAAAAUAAAGUCGCUUCGAUAUAACUGAGAUGGAAGACUGAGCCGCUUCGCUGCUUACAGGCGACGCAGGCGGGUGUGUAGAAAACUUCGCGUGUACCGUGCGGACAAGUACGGCAUCGCGUGCAAGCGUGUUUGGAUUUGUUGCUGCACAUGGCCUCGAGUGCGGGAUAUAGAUGUAUAGCGCAUGCUUUCUUUCUGCCUUCUUCACCUUCUGCGUCUUCUUACUCUUCUCCCUCCUCUGGGAUGUUCUCUUGCGGUUUACCUCACCCCAAUAACUGCAUUGAGCACUGCAUCAGUGCAAAAGUUUAGUUCAAUCAAGCCAGCACCUUAGGCCGGAUAAGCACUCGUACCUAUUUAUUAGCGAUACCUUCGACAUGCUCACUCCGCGGUUUUGGUUGUAAACAGCGCGCUAUGAAACAAUUUUAACCUGUGCAAUAGUGGAACGCCGGAGACGUCACCGACAGCAGCAGCGCUGGUAUCGCCAUUUUGUGGUGCUUUCUUCAACCACAGCGCCUCAGAAACUUUUUUGCACGGAUUUAUUGUUCUUGCUGAAGAUAGACAGAAAAUAAAUGCUAUGCGCUAAUGGUUGUGGUUGCCAAUGCUUUUGCACUAGUAGACUGGCAAAACAUGGUCGUCGUAAGUGUAAUUAGGCGUGCUCUAGUUGACGUAAGCGUCACCAAAUGGCAUCACCAGCACUGCUGUAGAACGGCCCAGUAAACUCUAACUGGGGGGCGCAUCUGUCUCCCAUAUUUUGGUAUCCCGUAAACUGUGAUACCAGAAGCGUCCAUGAAGGACUCUGGUGUUACGUUUACGGACAGGCUCACUAAGAAAGGAAUUCAGACAACACAAGCUCUGGUAGCUCCUUGCAAGAUAGGAACAACGUCAGCACGGUGGCCUUGCAUGCAUCAGGACCACGCGCACUUUACAUAAAAUUGUUUUGAACUGCACCCGAACAUUAAUUGCGUGCAGGAAGCGAAUUCCACUGGUCGAUCCGGGGCAAUUUUGUUUCUCCAUUUUUGUUUCCGGUAGCGCAGGAUCAGUUGUUCAAUGGUCGAUGCGGGAGCCCGUUCGCGUUUUCCUCUGGUCGUUAUGAAUAGGCAUCGCUCUUCGACAGGUCGCACGUUCAUGUUUCCAUUGUCAAGGUUAGGAAGUGGACACGUGGGAAUCGCGUCUCUUUUGCACUGUUUUAGCGCCUUCUACAUAAAGAUGUACUGGCAGCUUCGUCUUCUUUCCCGCUUCCCCCUUACUCGAUUAUUAUUAUUAUUAUUAUUAUUAUUAUUGUGCCAGAUUUGUUUGUUGCCAUCGAGCUCCCUUUAGCAACGAGAUUCACGCCACAUUAGUUGUUAAAGCAGUCCAGACAACAGCAGUAUCGAUUCGACAGUGCCCUGACACUUCAGUAACCAAGUGCGAACUCGGCGAAAGUUUCGGAUGCUGCUUCUAGAAUCGGCUGCCCGGAACAACCUCCAAUGUGAUCCAUAGCGCGGUACGCUGUUUUCCGCUGGCAGAGUAAGAUACGCGGAAUCUUAGCAAAGGACUCGUUGGACGGUCCAGGUAGCCCCACCGGGAGAGAUCAUAGGAAUUCGCCCACGUGAUGCAAUUUGUUCUUUUUCGGUGUGAGGCUGAUGCAGGCAAGAUGGAGUAGUUUGCCAGAUGCUACGUCAUGACUGACGGCACUGCAAGCUUAGGCUUGGAAAGUUACUGUACAUAACUCUCCCUCUCACGAAUGUCCAAUCUAUUCACCGUUCAAUCUCGAAUAAAAACACCCGGUAUGACACCUCUUGAUUCUUGCUUGCAGUCAUCAUCAUCAUCAGCCUAUAUUUAUGUCCACUGCAGGACGAAGGCCUCUCCCUGCGAUCUCCAAUAGGUAACAGUUUGACGAACAUGUGUAAGCCACGUGCAGACGAUAGAGAUUUAGCUAGCUUAUGUGCGAAACACUCGAAUCUCUCCAGACCGCACAUUUCCUCUAAACUACAACCGCUGCUGACCAAAUGCGCCUUCCUAACCAAGUUAGCGUCUUCCUUCCACAUUUGUCAGUUACUCCCGGAGCCGGUGCUUCAAGGAACGCCUGUUGUAGCCCAGAAAGCAGCACUUCGGGGAGCCACAUACCACCACGCUAGUCUUUUAACUCUAGCCCUUUUUACUAUGCUCUCUGAUAGAAAUCCGAUAGACUUUCGAUAUUUCUUUUCUCUCUGCCCUCCAAGAGACAUCUAUAAACUCGCACCACUAUGCUACCAGAUAGAUCUUCUGUUUGUUUUCGUUUCACGUUGUGGCUCGGAGCAAAGUGCUCGUGCUCCAUUUCGUUGCACCCUUAAUGAGCAUAUAUUUUUCGCAGCUUCGUCACGAUGAUCCGGAGAAAACUUUUUAAAGUCUGCACUGGAUCUGAUCCAUUCUCCUCUCAGAUUUUAAUAUCUUUGUCCAAAAAAAAUUAACUUGCACUUUGUUCUCUUAAAGACAAAUGUGCGUAGUGUUCGACGCGCCAGUCUUUUUUCUGUAUACGAUAUAUAUGUAGAGCGAAUCUUCAUCCCCACAUACCACCGCGUUCGCUUUUGAACCGGUUUCAAGCAAUUGAGGCACAACUAUAUAUACCGAGCGAUCUUUGUUACACUUUUCGAUCUACGGUAUUUUUCUUGCUUUUUGCAAUCAAAUGUUGUGUAAUAUAUCACUAUAAUCUCCCUAUGUAUUCAAUCCUCUUUGCGCAACAUACGUCAUAGACGAUAUACAUAUUAUAUACAUCACACUGAAAGCCAUGACGGAUGGCAGACGUGGACACGUUUACGCGUUCUUCAACUUACAACAGACUAGGGCAGAUUUUGCGCCCGCACUGUCUCCACAAUCGUAUAGUGCAGUCCGAAAUGAAGAUGUCAAGGUUGCGAAAUCUAGAUCAGGGUCAGUCAAACGAAAGCGCUAUAUACGUCUACAUUGACGAAUCGCAUGUUAUAAACUUCAAGCUUCUUAACUUCCCUAUUGCCUUUAAGCUGCCAUUUAGAAUUAGGAAGCUGCCCAUCAAUUGCUGAUACUUUUUCUGAGUAAAAAGGGAAAUGUUGGCGGACGGUCAGUUUUUUGCCCGUUGUUAAUCAACAGACAGACGAUGUGCCUCGCUGGUGACACGUUUUACGAAAGAAUAAAUGAAUCCGUCAAGGGGCUGUUCCCGCACUACAGUGGAAAAUCACGCCCUGCUUUACAUUUAGAAUGUGUGGCUUCCACUGCGAUUUCUUGAGUACAUCAUUCAGCGUGAACAUUUAUGUAGUGCAGUUAGUAUAGCAAUGACGGUCAAAAAUGAAACGUGAUCAAAACUGCGGACGUUACAAACACCUUCUACACAAACGGUGUGGUUGACAUAGGAAAAGGCACGCAGCUCAGCGGCUCGUCUAUCGUAUAACGAACUCGCACGUAUUAACACCUUCUACGCAGGUUGUCCGCAUGCUGCAGUGAUCGCGUUUUAUUUUCGACUGACUGUGCAUCCCGUUGUUCUCAGUGGCCUCUUCGCCGGACUUUGAACUCGAAGUUUAACAAUGGAGAUUGCCCUGAAUUUAAUAUUGACGAACAGGGGAAAGGAGAGACAUUUCUAAAUAUCCAAGAUUCGCUCCAUCGUAUUUUUCCUCUGAGGGAACGGAAAUACUCUUUCACCGGCUCUCGCAUCCAGAAUACAAGUCCGCAAGGAAGUGACCGAUGAACUAAGCUACGUUUUAUCGUAACGGCAAAUGUGAUACCGAUCGCCAAAAGUGCUGGAGCAGAAGUACGAAAAGUCGCUAGCUACUUGGCGCCGUUGUAAAAGAAAAGAUAGCAGGCGCAGGCUGUAGAUAUUAACGACAGUUUUAUUUUUCAUUACCCCUAUACUCUGUGCACAAAGCGUUUUGUCAACAAUCGCCAACCAAACAACGCUCUACGCUACGACAUCUUCUCUACCGGACGCGUAUUUCUAACCUUCUUUCGUCGCACAAUUUGCGGUUGGAUGGGACAGGGAAGAAAUAGGAAACCGGCCCGAAUGAUGAAACAUGACACGGAUCAUACGAGCUUGGUAUGACUUUAUGCGUGGCAACUGAACGCUUCCUACGCGGAAGGUAGUGUGUAUAUUUGCCAUACUUCGUUAGUCGUAAGCGAAGAGAAAGUGGAUGAACGUUAUUUGCGGGCCGGUGGCCACUGCGCGCGCCCGUGCCCAUAGAUUUCGAAAACCGUUCCUCCGGUAUAUAAAAGGCCCGGUGAUUGCUCCAAGCGCGUUGUUUGGACCUAUUGUAGUCGUAGAGCCAACCUGUAACUGCCUCUAUGCGUCCCUUCUAUUUUAUCGCGCACGACUCAAUACUUGGCUACGAUGUUCUCAACUACUACAAACGGCUCUGUUACUUUAACUAUAGCAAGUGCCAACCGUAGAACUAGGUCCUAUACUUUCGCGAGGAAGAGAAAAAAGAAGCCGUGCUCAAUACUCGCCGCGAUAUGCGCGACAUGUAUAAUCGGUGACGAGCUAAGGAUGCUGUCGCUAAUACACCGUUAUAUCCAACUCGGACAAUAUGUAUAAAUGCACGAGCCAGUUACGUUCGCUUCUCUAUUUGCUUCCCUCGGGAACUACGUUUUGGAUCGCGGAUUCCCAGAGGGCAAAUUAAGUGCGGUAUUGUGCACUGAAUUCUUACAGAAUUCGUACAGAAUUCUUUGGUUGUCGCCGAUCAUGGAAAGCUCAGCAUAGGCCACACUAUACUUUCGGUGCUGAAGGAGCAAACUCACCGUUGACGUCAGCAGAAGCGGUCGGCCGGAUAAUGCCGAACGAAUAAAUUGAGAAGGGUCAAACUUGCGGAGAAAUUAUGCCUGGAGCGGCGAGUAGACUGCCUUGGUAACGCGCGGUAUCGAGGUAAGAUGCUGUAGACCUUGACAACCGCUCAAGCGCUUGCAUUUCACCCCGCCAUAAAUAGAGCUGCGCAUUCUUCUCCUCUGAAUAUCCGCUUCAGGCCCUUUUCUACGGUGUUUCUAUCACGUGACUAGGCCCUCCCGCUCCUCCUGGCACCAUAGAGUUUCGGUACAAUAAUUACUAGAGGGAUCUGUGACGGGAGCUGCAAGGCUGAGCCAGCAUGGGAAUGAUUGAGAUGUGCCUGAACUGUCAUUUCAACAGCUUCGUCACUUUCAUCAUUUUCAACAAAGUAUAACCUUAUAAAUAGGGAAACAAUAAACAUUGUCCGACGGCAGGAUUCGAACACAGGACCUGUAGCACAAAAGCUCGAUAUUGAUUCCAUUGCGUCACGAACACAUGGACAGGCUCAACCGCUGCAAUUAGCGAGUAUGCAUGUCCACCGAGUCUUAUGGACUUCUGCAUUUAGAAAAGUGUAGAUUCCUGUGAAGUUUCGACCAAUGAAGGCGGAUAACGCGUAGUAAACAAAACCAUAAGGACGUCCGAAGCCACAAGCACGAAGAUCACGUGUGCUAACCAUCAUUCCAACCAUGGUACAGCUGAGCGAUCGCAGCGCCGGAGUCCCAUCUACUGUAUUCAUUGUAGGGAUGCCUGGUACCAGCAGUCAGUCGUUCCUCAUGCCGUGCCCUGUUUCGUGACCGAAACUAGCAUGGUUCCUACACCUCUUUGAUGUUUUCUGCUCCAAGUUAUCGGCCACUGGUGUCAGGGAGUAUAAAGCUAGAAACGCUUCGUACUUAUUGCACCGUUGCUUGCCCUGUCAAUGCGAAGGGGCCACGCCCGAAUCUUGCUUGUGUACCAACCUUUUCGAUAAAGUCAAUGACCACAACGCUAAAUUUACAGAAAAAAAUACUUUUGCUCAUUUGUGGUUACUAAUUUACUUCUUACGCGCGUAUGCGCUCAAUGUGAAUGAUGCACACGGGCUCUUUAAGUUUUUUCGUCGUUGUCGUCUUGCUUCUUUUCCUUUUGCUUUCGCGAACUGCUGUAGGCAAUCACUGCUGUAUUAUUAUGUGGCAUGCUUAUUAAAAAGGACAGCGAUGAUUCAAAUAUAUGUGCACGAACUUCGUUUUAAUCUAUCUUUCCAUCUCACUUUUAUAGCGUAAAACUGUAAAGUGCAGUUUGCAACGAAGAUGCCUACUGAGAAAUUCCGCAGGCAAAACUGCCAGCGCUUCGUGUUUAUCGUUUUCCCACUGCAUUCUUGAGUGUUUAUUCGAUAAAUCGGCUUUGUUUUUAGUUAGGCCUUCUUGUCAAGAUAAAAUAGCGUUUGAUUGAUGUACUUAUUUGAUCUUGUACUGUUACUCAUUUGCCAUCUGAGGUAAUACCGUUGCAGUAACGUCAGCGAUGGAAAUUUCUAACGUUUGCAGCUCUAUGAAAAUGAGUAUAUCAGUCGGUACGCUGAACUGUGUAUAUAUAGGUGUAAACAAACAAACAGACAGAUAUUGAGCGUUCGCUUUAAAGGGUGGUUUGCUUAGGGGGAAAAGUGUGCAAUCUCGGCAGUGUCAUCACAUGAGGCUUGGUGCGGGAAAAUGUGUCUGUCUGUGUGAUGAUUCUUUUCCCGUUUUCAUCCUGAGUGCUUAUUCACUUUCUUUCCACUCGCAUUACGUCUUAAUGCUCAUCCGUUGAUUUGAGACUACAGUUUGAAACUCUUCGGGAACCUUUUAAUUUUGUGACCCGAACUUUUUGCGAAUAACUUCUCAUCGCGUGUGUUCUUCUGUACUGAAUUCUUGGGAUCUUUUUUUUUUUUUUUUUUUCUGCGCCGAUCAGCAGUUUUCGAUUAGGACGUCGUGAGAGCACCGCAAAUGACACCUGAAGGGGUCGUUUGGAAAGUUUUUUGUACUAGCUACUUUUUAUCUGUAUAAGGAUCACCAGUACGAAAAGAAAUACCUAGUCGAUAUUCGAACUGCAGGAGAACUGCGGGGGUAUCAGCUGGAAUGUCAUUUCAUGACGAGUUCUAAAACAGUUCACGUGUUCCAAAAAAUGUCACGUGAUGCGUUUUCUUUUCUUUCAGUGGAUGGUGCAAGGAUUGUUCCACCGCAAAAUGGACACUGCGUUAUCGAACUAUAAGCAGUCUGUAGAACUGACUAAAGCAAAUGCUCACCACUGACAUAGGUUAAUAAAGUUACCCCGUGCCAAAAGGCUUUCUUCGCUAAAUUAGCGAAAAUUAAUGUAUUUGCGAAAAUAAAGGGUUCUGCGGUGACUGAGUUGACUUUCUCUUAAGCCCUGUGCAUUACCCUCACAUUAUUCUGCAAUUUAAACUGAACCAGCUGUACAACAAACGAUAUUAAUAAAGAUUUUUUGUGCGCAUUGUUACGGGCUUC